AUGCUGACAAAGUUAGCAUAUCUGAUGGGCCUGAACACUUCCGACCUCAUCAAAAGUCUCUGUCACCCGAGAGUCAAAGUCGGAAAUGAGUGGGUCACAAAGGGACAAAGUGUUGCUCAAGUGACCUACGCUGUUGGAGCUCUAUCAAAGGCUGUUUAUGAAAAGAUGUUCCUGUGGAUGGUGAUAAGAAUCAACCAGUCACUGGAGACCAGACAGCCUCGCCAGUACUUUAUUGGUGUACUGGACAUUGCUGGAUUUGAGAUCUUUGAUUUGAACACCUUUGAGCAGCUGUGCAUCAACUUCACCAAUGAAAAACUGCAACAGUUUUUCAACCACCACAUGUUUGUGCUGGAGCAAGAAGAGUACAAGAAAGAGGGCAUUGAAUGGACUUUCAUCGAUUUUGGAAUGGAUUUGCAGGCCUGUAUUGACCUGAUUGAAAAGCCCAUGGGUAUCAUGUCCAUCCUUGAAGAGGAGUGCAUGUUCCCCAAAGCCUCUGAUAUUACCUUUAAAUCCAAGCUCUAUGACAACCAUCUCGGGAAGUCUGGUAACUUCCAGAAGCCCAGAGUUAUCAAAGGGAGACCAGAGGCCCACUUUGGCCUGAUGCACUACGCUGGAACUGUUGACUAUAAUAUAAACAACUGGCUGGUGAAAAACAAGGAUCCUCUGAAUGAGACUGUUGUUGGAUUCUACCAGAAGUCCAAUCUCAAGCUGUUAUCCGUCCUGUUUAUUAAUUAUGCUGGAGCUGAUCCAGUUGCAGGUGAGGAGCAGGAAGGCAAAAAAGAGAAGAGAAAGAAGAAGGGUGCAUCGUUUCAGACUGUGUCCGCACUUCACAGGGAAAACCUGAACAAGCUGAUGACCAACUUGAGGUCCACUCACCCUCACUUUGUACGCUGCAUCAUCCCCAAUGAGACCAAGACUCCUGGGGCCAUGGAGAACCCUCUGGUGAUGCACCAGCUGCGCUGUAACGGUGUGCUGGAAGGCAUCAGGAUCUGCAGAAAGGGCUUUCCCAACAGGAUCCUGUAUGGAGAUUUCAAACAGAGAUAUCGCAUCUUGAAUGCCGCUGCCAUUCCUGACGGCCAGUUCAUCGACAGCAGGAAGGGAGCUGAGAAACUUCUUGGGUCUCUGGAUAUUGACCACAAUCAGUACAAGUUUGGACACACAAAGGUGUUCUUCAAGGCUGGUUUGCUGGGUCUGCUUGAGGAGAUGAGAGACGAGCGGCUCUCCAAAAUCAUCACUGCUAUUCAAGCCAGAUCCCGUGGCCUCUUGUCUCGUAUUGAGUAUCAGAAGAUUGUGGAACGCAGAGAAGCAUUAUUGGUGAUCCAAUGGAAUGUCCGUUCAUUCAUGGGGGUCAAGAAUUGGCCCUGGAUGAAGCUGUUCUUCAAGAUCAAACCCCUGUUGAGAUCGGCUGAAUCAGAAAAGGAAAUGGCCAACAUGAAGGAAGAAUUCCUGAAGCUGAAAGAGGCCUUUGCAAAAUCUGAAGCUCGCAGAAAGGAACUGGAGGAGAAAAUGGUUUCUCUGCUUCAAGAGCAGAACGACCUGCAGCUCCAAGUUCAAACAGAGCAAGAUAAUCUCUGUGAUGCAGAAGAAAGAUGCGAGGGGCUGAUCAAGAGCAAGAUCCAGCUUGAGGCAAAAGCCAAAGAGCUCACGGAGAGGCUGGAGGAUGAAGAGGAGAUGAAUGCUGAAAUGACUGCUAAGAAGAGGAAGCUGGAGGAUGAGUGCUCUGAGCUGAAGAAAGACAUUGAUGACUUAGAGUUAACUCUGGCUAAGGUGGAGAAGGAAAAGCAUGCCACAGAGAACAAGGUAAAGAACCUGGUGGAAGAGAUGGCUGGUCAGGAUGAAAUCAUUGCUAAGUUGACCAAAGAAAAGAAAGCCCUACAGGAAUCUCAUCAGCAAACACUGGAUGAUCUUCAGAGUGAAGAAGACAAAGUCAACACUCUGACCAAGGCCAAGACUAAGCUGGAGCAGCAAGUGGAUGAUCUCGAGGGAUCUCUUGAGCAAGAGAAGAAGGUUCGAAUGGACCUUGAGAGAGCUAAGAGAAAGCUGGAGGGAGACUUAAAGUUGACCCUGGAGACGUUAAUGGAUUUAGAAAAUGACAAGAUACAACUGGAGGAGCACCUGAAAAAGAAAGACUUUGAGAUCAGCCAGCUGAACGGGAAAAUUGAAGAUGAUCAAGCAAUCAUCAUUCAACUCCAGAAAAAGCUGAAGGAGCUGCAGGCUCGUGUAGAGGAGCUUGAGGAAGAGCUUGAAGCAGAGCGAGCUGCUCGAGCUAAGGUGGAAAAGCAGAGAGCCGAGUUGGCCAGAGAGCUGGAGGAGAUCAGUGAGAGGCUGGAGGAAGCUGGUGGAGCAACAUCUGCCCAGAUUGAGAUGAACAAGAAGAGAGAAGGCUGAGCUACAGAAACCCGCAGAGACCUUGAAGAGGCUACUUUACAGCAUGAAGCCACUUCUGCCACAUCCAGGAAGAAACAAGCUGACAGUGUGGCUGAUCUGGGAGAGCAGAUAGACAACCUGCAGAGAGUCAAGCAGAAACUGGAGAAGGAGAAGAGUGAGCUCAGAAUGGAGCUGGAUGAUGUGGUCUCCAAUAUGGAACACAUAGCCAAGUCAAAGAUUACCUUGGAAAAGACCUGCAGAACUUUGGAAGAUCAAAUGAAUGAAUACAGGAGCAAGUGUGAUGAAUACCAGAGAUCUAUUAAUGACUUCACCACUCAGAGAGCCAAGCUUCUAGCUGAGAAUGGUGAGUUUUCAAGACAGCUGGAAGAGAAAGAAUCUCUUGUUUCUCAGCUGACCAGAGGAAAAAAUUGCUACACUCAACAACUUGAAGACAUAAAAAGACAACUAGAAGAGGAAGUAAAAGCAAAGACUGCUUUAGCCCAUGCAGUGCAGUCUGCUCGUCAUGACUGUGAUCUGCUCAGGGAGCAGUAUGAGGAGGAGCAGGAGGCCAAGUCUGAAUUGCAGCGUGGCAUGUCCAAGGCCAACUCCGAGGUGGCUCAGUGGAGAGCUAAGUACGAAACUGAUGCCAUCCAAAAGACUGAGGAACUGGAGGAGGCCAAGAAAAAGCUGGCUCAGCGUCUGCAGGAUGCUGAGGAGGCCGUUGAAGCAGUGAAUGCUAAGUGUUCCUCUCUGGAGAAGACCAAACACAGGCUGCAGAAUGAGAUUGAAGAUCUCAUGGUGGAUGUGGAGAGAUCUAAUGCUGCUGCUGCCGCUCUGGACAAGAAGCAAAGAAACUUUGACAAAGUCCUGUCUGAGUGGAAACAGAAGUAUGAAGAGUCUCAGUGUGAGCUGGAGAGCUCUCAGAAGGAAGCCAGGUCUUUGAGCACUGAGCUCUUCAAACUGAAGAAUUCAUAUGAGGAGUCACUGGAUCAUCUGGAUACCAUGAAGAGAGAGAACAAGAAUCUUCAGGAGGAGAUGUCUGACCUCACUGAGCAAAUUGGAGAGGGAGCAAAAAGCAUUCAUGAGUUGGAGAAAGCCCGCAAGCAGCUGGAGCAAGAAAAGAGUGAGAUUCAGUCUGCCCUCGAGGAAGCAGAGGGGUCUCUUGAGCAUGAGGAGGGAAAGAUUCUAAGAGCCCAACUUGAGUUCAACCAGAUUAAGGCAGACAUGGAGCGUAAACUAGCUGAGAAAGACGAGGAGAUGGAGCAGUCCAAGAGGAACCUGCAGAGGACCAUUGACACCCUGCAGAGCUCUCUUGACGCGGAGACUCGCAGCAGGAACGAGGCUCUCCGUUUGAAGAAGAAGAUGGAGGGAGACCUGAAUGAGAUGGAGAUCCAGCUGAGCCAGGCAAACAGGCAGGCGGCUGAGGCUCAGAAACAGCUUAAAUCUGUCCAUGCACAUCUUAAGGACGCCCAGCUCCAGCUUGAUGACUCUCUUCGAUCCAAUGAAGAGCUUAAGGAGAACAAUGCCAUUGUUGAGAGACGCAACAACCUGCUUCAGGCUGAAGUGGAAGAGCUCAGAUCUGCUCUGGAGCAAACUGAAAGAGGACGCAAACUUGCUGAGCAAGAGCUGCUGGAUGUUAGCGAACGUGUGCAGCUACUGCAC